GGGCUCGACACUCCUCAUCCCCUCUGCUCUCUGUGGAAGCACAUUGUUCAACGCGGGCUCGUUUUACCCAGAACCAAUGAAUGCCUUGGUGCAUUACAGCUACUGAAAAUUAAACGCGUUACCAGAUAGAAUAAGGUGCAGAUGCUAAAGACGGCGGGAAGCGGACCGAGAACAUUUUCUUUUCUUCUGAUAAACGUCAACGUUACAGCUGAGAGGCAACAGAGUUGAAAUAUUUUUUUUCUUCUUCACCGGUAGACGAAACGUCGCUCUUGUCGCUAAUUAGACCUCUGCUCGUUCAGCGGUGUGUGUGUGUGGUGAGCAGCAGCGGCAAAGAUGACGGAGUAUAAGCUGGUGGUGGUGGGAGCUGGAGGUGUGGGCAAGAGCGCACUUACCAUCCAGCUCAUCCAGAACCACUUUGUGGAUGAGUAUGACCCUACAAUAGAGGACUCGUACAGGAAACAGGUUGUGAUUGACGGGGAAACCUGCCUGCUGGACAUCCUGGACACUGCAGGUCAGGAGGAGUACAGCGCCAUGAGGGAUCAGUACAUGAGGACAGGGGAGGGUUUCCUCUGUGUCUUCGCCAUCAACAACACCAAGUCUUUUGAGGACAUUCACCAGUACAGAGAACAGAUUAAACGUGUGAAGGACUCAGACGAUGUUCCCAUGGUGCUUGUGGGAAACAAAUGUGACCUCCCGGCACGCACGGUGGACACAAGGCAAGCCCAAGAACUCGCCCGCUCUUACGGCAUCCCUUACAUCGAGACCUCUGCCAAAACACGACAGGGAGUAGAGGACGCCUUCUACACACUGGUUAGGGAGAUCAGACAGCAUAAGCUGAGGAAGCUGAACCCACCUGAUGAGAGCGGUCAGGACUGUAUGAGCUGUCGCUGUGUGGUAUCGUGAUGCAGCUGACUGUUGGCACGUUGAGGGAAAAAAAAAUGCUACAGAGCGUAGUGGCAGCAUGGACUUAAAAGAUAGAAAGAUAAAACGACUCAAUGAUGAAAUAUAAACUUUUUUUCAAAAAGAGGAGGAGUGAAGCAGAAGCUCUCAAGGAAACCACCAGAGCUGACUGAACCAUAGACCUUCAUGGAAAGGAGGGUUUGGACUGUUGCCUAAGUGGCUACCUGAAAUAGCCCAGUCCGGCCCCUGUUUUUUGGUCCACACGUCGACCUGUGAGCAACACCACUAAUGACUCUUUGUCACCUCCAGUGUGGUCUCGCUGGGUAGCUCAACAAGUUUCCUGCUAACUUAUUGUUUUCAGUCUCAACACUGGUCUUAAAGGGGGUGUUUCCGACCUCCUCCCACCAUGAAAGCCUAAUUCCACCCCCCCACCCUCCUCCUGCCUGCCUGCCUGCCUGCCUGCCUGCCCGCCCACUGGAAGAACUGACUGACUUAAAUGGAAAGGACUGGAAUGGACGUUUAGUUGCCCUAACACCUCUUAUAAAUAACCCCCCAAUCCCACUCUACCUGCCUUUGGUUUCCCCUGAAUGGCUGUGUAGUCCCUUCAUUAUACUGGAUACACGGGGGGUGGGGAGGCUGACAUGGGAAUGACUAGAAUUUGUUGUUGUUGUUGUUGUUUGUAACAGUUAGCCUAGCUGUACAAAAUCUUUUGAUUUUGUUUUUGAUGUGGAACAUUUCAUUUGUGAUUGCCGAAUUUGAAAGUCACAGAGCAAUAUGUGAGCAAGGGUUUAUUAUAGAUGGCACUUGGUUUUGACUUUUUUUAAUGACCUGUCCGACAUAGUUAGAAUUCCUUUUUGGGAUAAAAAUGUUGAAUGGAGAAUAGAUUGAUGAAUUUCCAGAUUACAGCUGCCUUCUCUCCUUACAGAUGUUUUCUUUGCUACAGUAAGCGUCGUCUUUGUGGAAUAAUAAUAGUAAUGGCUAGUGUACGUAUGUUCUGGUGCAAUAGGAUUCUUUACUGUCCAAUUUACACAAGUAUUUGGAAUAAUCCACCUCUCAUUGCUACUUGUUUUACUUUUGUCAAGGAAGGAGGGGAACUGUGCAUGGAAAUGUAGUUGUCGUCUCUCUAGUUGCUAAAGCUGGAGAGGUGGCCUGUAGAAAUGGGACCCCUGCACUUGUACAGUUAUACAUCACUGGUUAUGGUUUUAGACUAAAUGACAACCAGUUGAUUUAUUUUUUUUAUUUUUUUGCAUUUCAUUACAAUAACUGUAUGCUAUACAACUCUUUACUACAUUGUGAUAACAGAAUUUUUUUUUUAGAUUGCAAAGAAUCACUGCUUGUGGAUAAUAAGGCUCAGGAAUCAGGGUCCAGGAAAGUCUCAGCUGACAGUCCUGGAAGGAUGUCACCAGUUAGCUUUGCAGAGUGUAACACACAAGUCCAGCCUCAGAGUCGAACUUCGGUUUUUCCACACACCAUACUAUCCUCAAACUGCUUCUCUUUCUCUACCACCUCAGCUCUUCAACGGAACAAUAACAGCUCAGGUGCUAACCAUGUCAGACCCAUAUUUACUGUAUAUGUGGGACUAUUGUGUUUACUAAGCGAUGGAUAUUGGGUUUUGGGAGUGCAUCGCUUUGUUUCCUAAUACUGACUAGCUUGUGCUCUCCACAACUGCAUUCGUUUGCUGCCUAAAUGGAAAAAGACUGCUAUGUGUUUACUUUGCCUUAUCUGUUAGCUAGUUUGUACCUCAUGUAUGCAGCGAGCUCUACCUGAGAAUUAUGUUUUCUGUUGGCUGCAUUGUAUUGUUUGUUUGACUUUGUGUGCAACUAAAAUCAAUAUAGAAGUGUGUUGAGUUUAGACAUGCGCUGUAUAGCAUUUGAAAGACGAGGCAAGUCCCUGAAAACACUACACUGUGUGUGUGUGUGUGUGUGUGUGUGUGUGUGUGUGUGUGUGUGUGUGUGUGUGUGUGUGUGUGUGUGUGUGUGUGUGUGUGUGUGUGUGUGUGUGUGUGUGUGUGUGUGUGUGUGUGUGUGUGUGUGUGUGUGUGUGUGUGUGUGUGUGUGUGUGUGUGUGUGUGUUGGGGUUCUAUAAUGGCAUGUGCAUCUGAAUGUGAUUGUUUCACAAGACUGGAAACCAACACAGUUUAAGAGCCCAGUAGAAGCCAAGUUGUCUAGCUCUCAUGUUUCAUUCCCAAUACAUUGGAACAUGUGAUGGUGAUUACUAGAUAUUAUUUUAAAUCCAGAUUGUACUUAAACAAUUCAGAGAAUUGGACAUGCAUAAUAAAUGUAUGGGGUUCCAGGCACUACAAGCAGGUUUGGCAACAAGCUUCAGAUGCAGACCUCAAAGAAAUCUCAGGCCACUUCCACGAAAGACUGUGUCCCCUUUUCAAGGUAAACGAAAUGUUUAUUUCUGACCUAAUUGAUUUUGUACAGUUAAAGUAACCCUUUUCACUCAAAACAUGGCUUAAAGAAAUAUGAGUUACUGUGUGGAUGGUAGUGGUCAAGUUGGUUUUUUCAGUCAGUUAAGUGUUCAUUUCUCUGCUUGGAGGAAGGAAAUGAACUGUGAAUGUGUUUUACUCUUUAGAUAUUAUUUGAAAGAAGCCUUGUGUUUAAAAUGUACAAUAUGCAGGAGUUGAUCCUCAGUCCCACUUUUGGCUGUGUUGUUCCUAACUUUUAUUUUACAUCCAUUGUACUCAAACCUUUUAAGGGGGAACAAAAAAGAAAAAGUGUGGCAUUUGUAACCUGUAAUUACAGUCCUAAUAGUAUGCUUGUCCUCUCCCUGUCAAUCUGUAAACAGUACAUCCAUGAUAAUUAUACAUAGAAUUCCACAAAUCUGUGUAUUCAAAUUCCCAUGUUAUUAAAAUAUCGGCGUCAUGUUGCCACAGGGAAACUCCAGCCAGCGAACCACAAGUAUACAUGUCAGAAAACCUGGCGAGCAUGACAAAGACUGUACGGACCAUUGGGAGUUUUGCACAAGGAUACAGUGGGCUCAAGGGCUUGUUUCUCCCUUGCAAACUGUGGAUGGAGGUGUGGAAGGAAUUUGUGAAAAUGUCAACUGUUUAGCUAUUUAAGAUGUAUUUACUCUUUGAAAAUGUGGCAAAUGUAUUGCGGGACAGGAAUAAAGAUGUCAAGAUAAAACGGUC